GAAACGGGAAAGUAGAGAGAAUUGGCCGCUGGGAGAGUAGUUGUAAGUCGGUGAGUCGUCGAUACUCGAUAGAUGGUUAAGAAAUCGAAAAAUGGCGGUGGAAACGAAUUUUGCAUCGUUGUUUGAGAAGCUGAAAGUGGAAGAUCCAUGGCUACCUCCUCGAACCUGGGAAUCCAUUCCUUCUCAAAGUGGCCCUCUUCCUCCUCCUCCAGCCUCUCAAUCUCCCAUUUCCUCCUCUUCAUCAGUCUCCGAGGCAACUUUGGUGAGGUUGGCACUGAAUGCACUGCAAGGUGUAGAAUCAUCUCUUUUUAGCAUUGGAAAAAUUUCUGCUGCCUUUUGUUCUGACCCUGCGGAUAGGACUUUCCAUCAAACACCUAGUCUUUGGUAUCGGUCUUCGAGCACUCAUGCUCUGGGAAAGAUUCUCAAAUCAAUAGGCUGCUCAGGUUUCUUAGUUUUCCUUCUCCGUAAGUUUGUAGAUUAUUUUACAAAUUUGAAUCUCAAUGGAAAUUCAUUUUCACUACAAAAGGGCUGGGAAAGUUCUCAAGCAGAAGAUAAUCAGAAUCAUGGUGGCCAGAAAGUACAAGAGGAAGAGAGUCCUAAAUACAGCCUUGUUAAUCAAGCUUUCUCUGUAGCUAUAGGAAAGUUUUUGGAAGGGUACAUUUGUGCAUUGGACACAUUAUAUGCAUCAGUAAAUGUAAGGCGUUCAUCAAAGAGUAGUGAAGUUUCUGCAGGUGUGUCUUCUGGCUGUCUUACAAGUGUAGUUUACUCUGAAAUUACGCUACUGGAGGUAUACCUGCAUACCAAGGAAUUGAGGACCCAGGUUGAAGCCCUUGGGAAUAUAUGCAACCUGCAUAAUUUAGCUCUUUGCUUCUCAGAAUCUUCUUUUGAAGAACUAAGUUAUAAAGCAACCUUGGGAUUUCAUAACUUCUUCAGGGGAGGUGACCUGCUUAGUUACUUAUAUACACAACUUAAGGUUGCGGACCCUGCUCACGGUGCUUUGCUCAAGUUUCUCUUUCUUCGGUCAUGUGAACCUUAUUGUGAGUUUAUAAGGUCAUGGAUAUUUAAAGCUGAGAUUAAUGAUCCUUAUAAGGAGUUUGUUGUAGAAUACAUUGAUACAUUACAACAUUCUUCCUCCGGUAAAGCUUGCAUCUCAACUGACUUUCCAGUUGCUAGUAUUACGGAGCGGAAUGGAGCUGCUGUUCCAUGUUUCCUGAAGGAUGUUUUGGUUCCCCUUGUCAGGGCUGGUCAGCAGCUUCAAGUUCUAAUGAAAUUGCUUGAAUUGCGUAAAUAUGUUGAUCCUGGAGACUAUACUUAUUCAUAUUUUCUUCCUUGCUGGAGUGGUUUUGCUGGCAGUAAUCCGUUUUAUGCUUCUUCAAUCACUUUUAGCAAAGAAAAUAUAGAAGCCUUGGUUCUCAUGCGGAAUAGUUACUAUGAAAGGAUGGAGCAGAAACUUGAAAACUUACUGACAGGGUUGGAAUUCAAUUAUCAACAGGUCAUUUCGCAUUGUGCCAAACCUCAUUUCUUUGGUACUAGUGGAGGCACUGAAGAUUCACUCACAGUGGAUGACAAAUUGUUUAUUAAUUCGACAACAAAAGGAAGUUUCUCUAACGUGCCUCUUGACAUAAAUGAUUUUGAUGACUCUAGUACAAAAGAUGGAUCCUAUCAUGAAACUGAUAUCUUUGAAUCAUUUGAGUGUUCAUCUAUGAGUAGUGUUGAAGAACAUACUGAGUCUGCACUAAGCUUUUCUGUUAGUACCCCAGUUUGUAACCCAAUGCAACAAGCUUUUCAGAAUGGAGAGUCUGAAUAUAUGGAAAGUGGUUUACAGUCAGUAAGAACUGGUGGGCAUGGCAGUUUUAUAGGUUCUGAACCUGGUCUGAUAUAUGAGCACUUAUCUAUGCACCUUGAGUCAAACUGGUUGUGUGCAGAAGCUGAAUCUGCAAAUAUCCUACCUUCCAAAGGUUGUCCAGUUAAUUGUGCAUGGUUUAAUGCUUUUUAUAUUGAUGGGGAUGACAGAGAUGAUAAAAGAUUGCGUCAAUUUAAUUCUGGAAAACAGACGAGAAAAUGUAACACACAAUUCUUUGAUAAAUUUGUGCGACAUUUUAAUGAAUCAAUUGCUAUUAACAAGACUUCAGCAGUGGACCUCUCAAAUGAGGGUCAACUUGAAAAGGAGUCUACUUCAGAGUUAUUCCAAUUGCAACAGUUAGAGCUUACUUGCAAUGGCAACCUUUUAAGUAAAAACCCAAUGGUGGCAAACAAUGGUUUUCUAGGUCUGAUGAACAAACCUGGUGACUCAAGUGGCAUACCUUGUUUUGAUUUUUCUUCAGUUGAUGACCCUUGUAAGGUUUAUGUCAAAAGGCUAGCUUCUGGGGUUACACAUGAAUUUCCUGAGAAUACCAAUUCCGUGACAAACGGUACUGGUAAUCAGGAUGAUAAACAAGGCUAUGGAGGAGAUGUUCUCUUGAUUGACAAUUCAAAAGGUUCUCAUGCUGUUUCAACUUCGGAGUUAAAGAACGAAAACCAGGAUGUCAUUUCAACAACUGUUUCUGGUGGAAGUUAUUGGGAGAGUUUGCUUGGUAGUUCUAGCAGCCCUUAUGGCAGUAGGAAUGGAGAUAUAAAACUGAAUACAUCGUCCACAUUUGAGAUACCACUUGACUUUGUAAUUGACAAAUGCCUACUGCAGGAAAUCUUGCUUCAAUAUAACUAUGUCAGCAAGUUAACCAUCAAAAUACUUGAAGAAGGUUUUGAUUUGCAAGAACAUUUGUUAGCACUGAGGCGAUAUCAUUUUAUGGAACUGGCAGACUGGGCGGAUUUGUUUAUUAUGUCCCUUUCGCGUCAUAAAUGUUGUGUUACAGAGGUGGAGCGGAGACUCUCUGAAAUUCAAGGACUUCUUGAGUUGUCAGUGCAGAGGUCAUCUUGUGACAGAGACCAUCAUAAAAAUAGAUUAUUUAUAUAUGCAAAAGGGCAUGGGAUGAUGCCUCUUUCAACUUCUACAAUUGGUGUUCAUUCCUUUGACUUUUUAGGUCUUGGCUACCGAGUGGAUUGGCCUGCCAGCAUUAUUUUGACUCCUAGUGCAUUGAAAAUAUAUUCCGAUAUAUUCAACUUUCUGAUUCAAUUGAAGCUUGCUGUUUUUUCAUUGACUGAUGUAUGGUGCUCAUUAAAGGAUGUAGUGCAGUUGAUCUGUCAAAAACGCUAUCGUACUCUGCAUGAACGAGAAGUGGGUCAUUUUAACAUGUUAAUGAAGUUGAGGCAUAAGGUCAAUCAUUUUGUAUCUACAUUACAGCAGUAUGUACAGUCACAACUAUCACAUGUAUCAUGGUGCAAGUUUCUUCACUCCUUUAAGCACAAGGUCAAAGAUAUGAUGGAUCUUGACUCAGUGCACAUGGCAUAUUUAACUGAUUCACUAAAUAUAUGUUUUCUAUCUGAUGAAACAAAAGCUAUAGCCAGUACCAUAGAGAAUAUUUUGCAGAGUGCCCUAGAUUUCCGGUCUUGUCUUACUGGUGGUAUAUGGAACACGGGACUUGCACAAGACGAUUUACUGGAUAAACUUUCUAGGAUCAAUGUAUCUCAGGUUCUUGCCAUAAAAGAAAAGUUCGACAAAAAUCUUAAUGAACUGCAUCUACUCUACCUCAAAUCACCUAAACACGGUGAAUCUGGGCUUUCCUGUUUCUGGGGAUAUCUCAACUAUAAUGAUUACUACACAAACGAGAAUGAAAUGAGCUAUUAUGCUUUCUCAAUCUGAAGUCUUUUCCAUGAAUAUCAAAAGUGGGCAGUUAUUUGUAUUCUCGUGUGCCAUAAGAGUUCAUGAAACAAGCUCGAAGUAGAACUAGAAGUCCGUGGUUUGGAUUCAGAUAAUUUGUUGGUGUCAAAGCAGCAGCCAACCUGCAUCAUAGCAUCUUUGUUCUGCUGCUGUUGGUGUUCAUGCGAGGUAAGGCAUCAACCCUUUAUUUAGUUGGUUAUGGUGAAGCAGUAACGUGCAAUUUUACAUAUGUUGUGUUUCUUGU